CAUCCGCGUUCUUAGUUUGGAAUGUUUAAUGUUGGGUGUGUGAGCGGACCGGGUAAUGUUGACAAUGAGGCUCUAACAGCUGUUGUACUUGUUUUGUCGGUUGAUAAAGAUGUGUAAUAUAGUUAUCUAAUAUAAAGGGGUAGUUAAGUAGCCCAGAAAACAAGCAAAUACGGCUAUAUUUUAGACAAAGACUGAACGUUAGCUAUGGAGGAGAGGAAGGAGGAAAGAGAAGCUGAAAUCCAAGAGCACGGCCCUGAGCACUGGUUCUCCAAAUGGGAACGACAGUGCUUAGCAGAGGCUGAACAGGACACUCCGAACGAAGAGGAGACAGAACAAAAUCAACAAAAGCUGUGGCACCUUUUUCAGAAUUCGGCCACUGCUGUGGCGCAGCUCUACAAAGAUCGUGCUUGUCAGCAGCAAGGUCUCUCUCUCUGGGUUCCCUUCCAGAAUGCAGCGACAGCGGUCACCAACAUGUAUAAAGAGAGUAUUGAUGCCCACCAGCGAAACUAUGACCUAGGGGUUCAUUUAGGCAACCAACGCAGGAAUAAGGAGGUGAUUGCAUGGGUGAAGAAGCGACGAAGGACUAUCAGACGAGAAGAACUCAUUAGCUUUCUGUGUGGCAAAGUCCCACCUCAACGGUCAACUCGAGCACCACCCAUAGUCGCUAUGGUAUCUGCAAGUCGACCAUCACCACCAGAGACCGACAGCUCUGAGGUCGCUGACUUGCAGCCUUUCAGAGAGGCAAUAGCCCUGCAUGGACUUAGCGGUGCCAUGGCCAGCAUUUCUGUGCGCUCUGGUCCUCCUGGUUCCCCAACUCACCCUGCCCAGUCUCUUGGUCGGCGUAGGAAUGGUCUCCAUGACGUGGACCUUAACACCUUCAUAGCCGAGGAGAUGGCUCUUCAUUUAGAUUCUGCUGCCAGUCGUAAGCGAGGCACUGCACCCUGCAGCGAUGUCAUCACAGACUCACCCACUCAUAAACGUAACCGGAUGCUCUGAACCUUUCUGACAACCUUGAUUCCUCAGCUGUCCUCUCCUGGGUGGCCGUUUGGACAGGCGACGGGGACUGAUGCCUUGGCCAGCCAUUUAAAAUCUUCCUCUUUAGUUGCAAUGUUACAGAUAAAGUAAAGCUUGAAAUAUUAUCAGCCUGCAUAUUUAGCCCCCUCUUUACUUUCAUUGUCAUUUUGUUUUCUCAACAGAAUACUUGUCCGUUGCAUGGUUUACUUCUGUUUGUGUGUUUUCUUUUUUUUUGUCCUCAGUCAAAACUGAAGCAAGCACUUUCUAACUUAGAAUUUUUCAAACCUCUCAUUUGUGUUUCAGAUUUGAACUAAAUAAACCCGACUUUUGCCUGCCUUUAGUUCUCACCACUUCGUGUUUAGUCUCUAUGUUGAGUGUGAGCCGAAUGUCGCUGAACCGGACUGGACCGGGUUCUUGGGAGGCCGAACUGCUCGUAGUUUGGUUUGACUUUAAAAUCCUUCGAAACAUGCGGCUCUCAUUCUGCUGCUGUUACAUGCUCGCAUAUCUCAGCAGAACUGCCACUGACUGUGUUGUACAUGUCUGCCUUUUGAGAAAGCUGCUACAAUAUCUGUGUGUGUGCCAUACACGUUUCCUCUAACUGACCAUCUGUUUUUCUCCAUUUAAUUUUCUUGUUCCAAGUUAGGAUUUUGCUGCACUUCAGCCAAAUUCACACCGACAAACGGGUUGAUGGGAUGAAUGCAUUCUUAACAAAACGAAUGUUUGUUUUUGCUGUUCUCUCCAUCAACUGCAGUAGUAUCAAUGAUAAAGUUUACAUGCAGCUUCCAUUUCAACACAAAGGAGUUUUGCAUUGCAGACAGUAACGGUGUUUAACCGCCUUCGCUUCACCUGCCCAGUGUUUACAUUUGACCCAUUAUUAGGAUUAGGGAUUUUUUGCAUUGCCAUCAUUUUACGUCCCUUGAUUUUCAUGAAUUCACACCUGUAAUUUCAGCUUUAACUCUAGAAGGGGCCGGUGGCUGUGAGAUUAUAUUGGUUUAGUCAGCUCAUGGAUUAUUGGGUGUGUUGGCUCAGCAGAAAAGUUAGUUUAUUUGCUAAUUUCACUCAGUUUUGUGAUGCAAUCUUGUGUAAGUGUGUAAAUAAUAUGUAGGUGCUGUUAUGUGGUACAUAUUGUAAAAAGAAGUGCUAAUCCAUGGGGAUGUCCUUGUACAAUGAUUAUGAAAUUAAAGAUUGUACAAGUG